AUUCUCGCACUUUUCUCCUCAAUUUUAAAGCUUCCUAACCAGCGGAACAACCCUCGCGACGUUUGUGUGCGCCAAAAGUGACGCGGCGCCUCGGCUUCCCAUCCCUCCGUCCCGCGUGUUUUCUCCAGCGUGCGCCGGUGAAAAGUCCACCGCCUUUCGUCGCCAGCUUUCUCUCCUUUUCCCUCUCCCCAUCUUCAGUGGAGUCGAACUUUCCUCUUCUUUGUAAAUGUCUCGGUUGCACGUCCCCGUUUCCGGUGGACGUUAAACCCUGUCUGGGGACCUCGGUUUUUCUGCGGCAGUACGCUCCGUGAACGUCCGUGUCUUUUUUGCUGUCGCCCUUCGCGCCGCCUCCGUCACGCUGCUUUUCGUUUCUGCUGUCUCCGUGCUUCUCGUUCGCGUCUUGUUGUGUCUCCCGUCGUCUCCGCUUCUUCUCCACGAUGGCGUUCGCCGGAGCUGCCGCGCCCCUUGGCGUCAAGGGGAGAUCCGUUUUCGCGGGCAUGCGGUCCUUCAUCGGUCAGAGACUCGGGAGACUGUACGACAGUUUCUACUACUCGCAGAGCAGCACCAAGUACGUCAUGGUCUUCCUCUUUCCUGCUGGAAUCUUCUACACUCGCUUCCGCGCUGACACGAAACUCGGCUACCAUGUAUUCAUCAACGAGGAGAAACUUUACCCAGACUACUCGCAGAACUACUUUGACACAAAGUGGACGAACGGUAGGAAGGUCUACUUGGACGACGAGACGACUGUCGAGCAACUCAAGGCGCAGAUCUACGGUGGAAAGGCGGCUCCUGAAAAUGUCAAGGUUGCAUGCAGAGGACGCGUUUUCGAGGACGCAGACAACGUCGCCAUGGCAGUUCGCGCCUUCUGCAAACGGGACCCGCGUCUCCUGCUCUUCCAAGACAACUUGUAAACGGAAAGCAGAAAAGAUCGGAUGCCGCGACUUCGCGUAGCGCUACACGAGACGUAUCAGAAGAAACCGCGUACCUUUACGUAUAUAUAAAUAUAUGUACAUUUAUGCAUAUAUCAACUACGAUCAAGUAGCUGGCCGUGUGUGUCUUUGCAUGUGGAAAGGAAAGUACGUCCACGCGCGUGCAAUGUGCACACACCGCCCGGAGAGUUUUCGCCUCGGGAGGCGUCGAUGUUCCCUGCAAGCGCGGUAUCUGUGACGAGAACGAGGAGAAUCAAAGGAAACCGGGGAAGACGUAGAAAUGACGUUAACGCAUGUAGGACUUUGUCGACUUCUGUGUGCCAGAGGCAGGCGCUGCCAAGAUAUCUGGGUUUGCCACAAGAAGGGCCGCUGGAAUUUCGAGAGGCAGUCUGAUGAGCACAAGGAAGAAGAAACUGCUCGCAUGCGGACUUCUGCAUGGUGUGCGAAUGCAUGCAUGUGGACGAAUCAUGAACGUGCCCCGAGACUUGCGAUUUGCAUAUGUACGUACUGCUAGGAGUAUUGUAGAGAUGCAGGUGUACUAGUGCAUGAAACGGACAAUUGACUUUAAAACGCUUCAGCCUCC